AUGCACAGACCCCAGUGGGCAACGGACCGAUCUCCCCACAAAGCAGCAGAUCGUCCCCUUGCGGAACAGAAGUUGGAUCAGUCUCCAUCCACCCAGGAGCGGCAGAAAAAAGCCAGGUUGCCUGAGAACAGCGACGGCUCCAAGGACUCAGACAGCUCUGCAGGACGCCGGGGCAGUGCAAGCCGGAAACACGGGCGAUGGCGGGGACGGCCAGACAGCCCCGGGGCACUGGUGUCCAAGGUGGUGAGAGCCGUCACAGCGAAACACAAAGUGGGGCGGAGGCUGCCAGCCGCGCCGGACUCCGCCAGCCAGAGGAACCUGACGGAGCGGCACGGGGACGCCCAGCUGGCCGUCUUCCAGCAGGGUGACACGGGCAGCGUGGAGGGAGCCCCCCAGCCCACUGAGAACAGCUUCACCCCCAAGUGUGAGAUCACGGGCAAAGAUGCCCUCUCAGCGCUGGCGCGGGCCAGCAGCAAGCAGUGCCAACAGGAGAUCGCCAACGUGGUGUGUCUGCACCGGGCCGGCAACCUCAUGCCACAGUCUGUGCCCCGCCACUGCCAGCUCUCAGGGAAGGUCAGCCCCGUGAUCCAAUGGGAUGAGAGCCGGCUGCAGCAGGCACCCCCCAGCAAGCCGGUGCGCAUCGCAUACAUGCUGGUUGUGCACGGCAGGGCCAUUCGCCAGCUGAAGCGGCUCAUCAAGGCGGUGUACCACCAACAGCACUUCUUCUACAUCCACGUCGACAAGCGUUCCAACUACCUCCAUCGGGAGGCAUUGGAGCUGGCCCAGCACUACCCCAACAUCCGUGUGACGCCCUGGCGCAUGGUGACCAUCUGGGGAGGUGCCAGCCUGUUGAAGAUGUACCUGCGUAGCAUGAAGGACCUGCUGGAACUGGCUGAGUGGCCCUGGGACUUCUUCAUCAACCUGAGUGCCACCGAUUACCCCACGAGGACCAAUGAGGAGCUGGUGAUGUUCCUGUCCAAAUACCGAGAUAAGAACUUCCUGAAGUCUCAUGGCAGAGACAACGCCAGGUUUAUCAAGAAGCAGGGCUUGGACCGCCUGUUCCACGAGUGUGACUCCCACAUGUGGCGGCUGGGUGAGCGUCACAUUCCUGAGGGCAUCGUGGUGGAUGGGGGCUCUGACUGGUUCUCGCUGACACGCAGCUUUGUGGAGUACGUGGUCUACGCAAACGACCAGCUGGUGUCCCAGCUGCGGCAGUUCUACACCUACACGCUCCUGCCAGCCGAGUCCUUCUUCCACACAGUCCUGGAGAACAGUCAUGCCUGCGAGACACUGGUCGAUAACAACCUCCGAGUGACCAACUGGAACCGGAAGCUGGGCUGUAAGUGCCAAUAUAAACACAUAGUCGACUGGUGCGGGUGCUCCCCAAAUGACUUCAAACCCCAGGACUUCCUACGGCUACAGCAACUCUCCAGACCCACGUUCUUUGCCCGCAAGUUUGAGUCGACAGUGAAUCAGGAAGUGCUGGAGAUCCUGGACACGCACCUCUACGGCAACUACCCUCCCAACACACCGGCCCUCAAGGCAUACUGGGAGAAUGUCUACGACCGAAUCGAUGGGCUCAGCGGCCUCAGCGAUGUCACCCUUACCUUCUACACAGCCUUCUCCAGGCUGGGGCUCCGCAAAGCCUCAUCCGCACCGGCACCAAAGGCAGAGAAGCUCUGCAGAUUUGAGCCCCGGGGUUUCCCAUCCAGUGUGCACUUAUAUUUCUAUGACGACCGUUUCCAGGGUUACCUGGUGAUGCAGGAGGUGCAGAACUCGGCAACUGGGCAGGCAGAGUCCGUGGAGGUGUGGAUGAUGCCCCAAGGAACUUUGAAGCUGGCAGGUCACGGAGGGCAGGCAAACAGGUUACAAAACCUUGAGGUGGGCACAGAGUGGGAUCCAAAGGAAAGGCUCUUCCGCAAUUUUGGAGGCCUGAUGGGGCCUUUUGACGAGCCAGUGGCCAUGCAGAAGUGGUCGCGGGGGCCCAACCUGACGGCCACGGUGGUGUGGAUUGACCCCACGUACGUCAUUGCUGCCUCCUACGACAUCACGGUGGACGCCGAGGCAGAGUUUACCCAGUACAAGCCCCCCCUCAACCGGCCCCUGCGCCCUGGCAUCUGGACCAUCCGCCUCCUCCAAUUCUGGGAGCCCCUGGGGGAGAGCCAGUUCCUGGUGGUGCCCCAGACCUUCAACCGCAAGCAGCCUCUCAGGAAGGACGAUAGCAGCUGGCUGCACGGCGGGGCCCCCCGCAACGAGUACAUGGAGCAGAGCUUCCAGGGCCUGGGGGGGAUCUUGAACUUGCCGCACGCAGACGAGGCGGAGAAGGACGCGAUGCGGAAGGCGCAGCGGACGGGCAGAGCGCUGGAUGGCUGGGCAGACAGUGCCAUCAGCACCUUCUGGUCCGUGGCGGACGUCUGUGCGAGCAGCCCCUUUGUCUGCUCCACCCUGGAAACCUGCAGCAAAACCUCCUGGAGCUCACUGUCCCCGGACCCCAAAUCAGAACUGGGGCCCGUCAAACCCGACGGGCGGCUGAGGUAGCAGGACCAGCUCGGGGGGCAGCGUUGGGAGCAAGGAGCGUCCUCUGUCACUGGUGUGGUGGGGGGGUUCUCUGGACUACAUCACCCCGUGAGAUUUGCACCAUGGUCACUCGGGGAAGAGGGUAUGGGAACCUCCGGGC